AUGCCCGAGCUUGCAGAAGUGUCACGCAUUGUGCAUUUCAUUCGCCAACACCUGGUAGGGAAAACCCUAUCCAAAGUCCAAGCGCAGCACGAUGACAUCGUGUACGGCAAAGUUGGGACCAGUGCAGCCGAGUUUCAGAAGGUCAUGACAGACAAGAAGAUUGUUGGCGCAGGACAACAAGGGAAAUACUUCUGGAUCACAAUGUCUUCACCUCCACACGCUGUGAUGCAUUUUGGCAUGGCCGGAUGGCUGAAGAUCAAGGACGCCGAUACAUACUACUAUCGCUCGGACAAGCCUGCGGAUAAGGAGUGGCCUCCCAAGUAUGCGAAGUUCUUGCUUGAGACCAGCGAUGAGUCUAAGACUGAGGCUGCGUUUGUGGAUGCUCGCCGACUGAGCCGCAUUCGCUUGGUGGAUUGUCCCGCCGAUGAGAUUCGCAAACACACUCCUCUCAAGGAGAAUGGACCGGACCCGGUCGCAGAUAAAGAUACCGUGACAGUAUCAUGGUUGAUGCAGAAGCUGAGGAGCAAGAAGGUUCCCAUCAAGGCACUUCUUCUCGACCAGGCGAAUAUCAGUGGCAUUGGGAACUGGAUGGGAGACGAGAUCUUGUAUCAUGCCAAAAUCCACCCAGAGCAAUACAGCAACACAUUGUCCGAUGACCAAAUCAGGGAACUCCACACUUCAAUGCACUAUGUCUGCUCCACUUCCAUCGAUGUUCUGGCAGACUCGGAGAAGUUCCCUGAGCAUUGGCUUUUCAAGCACCGCUGGGGCAAGGGCAAAAAGAACCAACCAUCCGUGCUUCCUAAUGGAGACAAGAUCACAUUCAUUACAGUUGGUGGUCGCACGAGUGCUGUCGUUCCGGCGAUCCAGAAGAAGACUGGUGCUGUUGCGAAAGAUAUUGAGGAUGACACCAAUGGCGCAUCUUCAAAACGAAAACGUGAUGUAAAGCAGGAGCAUGAGUCCGAGGCCGAAGAGGAAACCGAAUCCAAGAGCCGCGGGUCGAAACGCAAGAGUACCACAGCGGUAAAGAAAGAAGAGGAUGAUGAGAAGAAGGUUAAUGUGGGUAGGCGUCGGUCUACACGUUCAAAGAAUUAG